CCAUGAGUGAGGAACGGCGGCUGCCCGGCAGCGCGGUAGGCUGGCUGGCCUGCGGAGGCCUCUCCCUGCUGGCCAACGCGUGGGGCAUCCUCAGCGUGGGCGCCAAGCAGAAGUGGAAGCCCCUGGAGUUCCUGCUGUGCACGCUCGCGGCCACCCACAUGCUCAACGUGGCCGUGCCCAUCGCCACCUACGCCGUGGUCCAGCUGCGGCGCCAGCGCCCCGACUACGAAUGGAACGAGGGCCUCUGCAAGGUCUUCGUCUCCGCCUUCUACGCCCUCACCCUGGCCACCUGCUUCUCCGUCACCUCCCUCUCCUACCACCGCAUGUGGAUGGUCCGCUGGCCCGUCAACUACCGGCUAAGCAACGCCAAGAAGCAGGCGGUGCACACGGUCAUGGGCAUCUGGAUGGUGUCCUUCAUCCUGUCGGCGCUGCCCGCCGUCGGCUGGCACGACACGAGCGAGCGCUUCUACACCCACGGCUGCCACUUCAUCGUGGCCGAGAUUGGCCUGGGCUUCGGCGUCUGCUUCCUGCUGCUGGUGGGGGGCAGCGUGGCCGUGGGCGCGGUCUGCACGGCCGUCGCCCUCUUCCAGACGCUGGCGGCGCGGAUGGGGCGCCGGGCUGAGCGCCACGCCUUCACCGUGCCCACCAUCGUGGUGGAGGACGCGCAGGGCAAGCGCCGCUCCUCCAUCGACGGCUCCGAGCCCGCCAGGACCUCGCUGCAGAUCACCGGCCUGGUGGCCACCAUCGUCGUCAUAUACGACUGCCUCAUGGGCUUCCCCGUGCUGGUGGUGAGCUUCAGCAGCCUGUGGGCUGACGCCUCGGCGCCCUGGAUGGCCCUGUGUGUGCUGUGGUGCUCGGUGACCCAGGCCCUGCUGCUGCCCGUAUUCCUCUGGGCCUGCGACCGCUACCGCGCUGACCUCAAGGCUGUCUGGGAGAAGUGCAUGGCCCUCAUGGCCAACAAUGAGGACCCGGAUGGCGAAACCAGCCUGGAAGGUGGCAUGCCCCCAGACCUAGUGUUGGACCGCUCCCUGGACUACAGCUAUGCGGGUGACUUCGUGGCCCUGGACAGGACGGCCAAGUUUGAGCUCUCUGCCCUGGAGGGGGACCUGGCCCAGUUCUACCCUCUGCGGCCCUUGCAGGAGGACAAGAUGCAGUACCUGCAGGUCCCGCCCACGCGACGCUUCUCCCACGACGACGCGGACGUGUGGGCCGCCGUUCCGCUGCCCACGUUCCUACCGCGCUGGGGCUCCGGCGAGGACCUGGCCGCCCUGGUGCUGCCCGGCGGGCCCGACCGGCGCCGCGGCGGCCUGCUGGCGGAGGACGGGCCCCCCUUCCGCCCGCGCCGGCGCUCGGCCGAGAGCCUGCUGUCGCUGCGCCCCCCGGCCCUGGACGACGGCCCGCGCCUCGCCCCCGGCUCGCCCCCCGGCAGCCCGCGCCGCCGCGCCGCGCCCGGCGCCCGCUGCGCCUCGGCCUCGCUGCUGCCCGACGCCUUCGCGCUGACCGCCUUCGAGCGGGAGCCGCAGGCCCUGCGCCGCCAGCCCGCCUCGCCCGGGCCCUUCGCCGCCCGCGCCCUUACCCGCGACGGCGCCCAGCCCGGCGGGGACGCGGCGCCCCCUGGCGGCGGCGGCGCGCAACGGGGCCCCGGGCCGCGCCCGGCCGCACACGCGCGUCCCAGGACCCUGCGGACCGGCCUGAGCGCGUCGUGGGGCGAACCCGGGGGCCUGCGCGCGGCGGGCGGCGGCGGCGGCGGCACCAGCAGCUUCCUGAGCUCGCCCUCGGAGUCGUCGGGCUACGUCACGCUGCACUCGGACUCGAUGGGUUCGGCGUCUUAGGGCCCGCCGGCGCCUCCCCAAGUCUCCAGGCGGGCCGGGCCACCCACGGGGCCAAAGCACCAAAGAUGCCAUCCUAACCUGGCCCAGGCUCGGGGCAGGCUACGCUGAGACCGCCGGCGGCGCCCGCCUGGACUUGCGCUAGCCCUGACGGGGCGGCGGCUGUGUGCCUCCCGGGAAGCGGCCAUUGCCUGGAGGGGCAACGCCCGCCCUGGACGAGCACACCGGGCACGGAGCAGCCUCUGGGCAGGGCAUCUCCGGGCAGAGUGAGGCUGGGGCUUGGGAAAAGGCGGGCUCCGCACGGGGCAGCUGGGCUGGGGGCGUAGGGUGGGUGGGGGGAGCCCAGAGGCGGGGCUACCGCCCGACGGAACAAAGCCCACCCUGCAGGAGCCACCAGACUGCACCCGGCUUCCCACUGCACCGUCACUGUCACACCGCAGGGGGUGAGGUACAGAGGGUCUGUAAGCACAGGGGUCUUCAGAGCCCAAGCCAAGUUCUCUGAGCAGGUCUCCCUGCUGACUUGUUCCGCCUUGGUUUCCGCAUCUGUGAUGAGCAGGUGUCCAUGUUAACUCUCAGGACUGUUUGGACAAGAGUCUCCUGGUCUGUGUGCCGCCCUGGCCGCCACCGAGUGGGCAGGGAGUAAGAGUGGUGGAGGACCCUCCAUGCGUCCUUUGUGGGAGUCAGUUUUCAGGGGCCUGGCGUGGCCCCCGAGCCUGAGGCCUCCCACACUUAGUGCCCCUGGCCCCCUUGAGAAGCCUCCCCAG